GCCGAGGGGCGCGUUCAAACGCGGCGAGGGAAGGAGCGGAGCGGGAGCGCAGCGCCGCCGGCAUGUGCUGGUACCAGGCUUUUCUCUAAUUCUCCAUGGCAACAGCACAGGGCCCUGUGACCUGUGAGCCCGCCACCCGCGUCCUCGGCACCUACCUCUCCUCCGAGCCCCUCGGCGUCGCCGGCAGCAUGGGCAGCGUGGGCAGCCUGGUGGAGAAGCAGGACCUGUCUCCCCUGGAGCUGCGGGCCCCGCUGGGGGGCUCGCGGGGGCUUCGGCAGCCCGACGGCUUGCUCCGCAAGGGCCCGAGCCAGCGGGAGCUCUUCGGCUACCUGCACGGGGCCAAAAAGGAGCCGCGGGCCGAGCGGAAGCACCAGGCGGCCGGCUCGUGCUACAAGCGGGACUACGAGAGCGACCGCGAGAACCGGUCCCCCGAGCGCUGCUCCCGCGAGCACCACCGCGGAGCCGAGUUCUCCAAGAGCUCGCUGCCCGAGCGGGGCCGCUUCGACAAGUGCCGUAUCAGGCCCUCCGCCUUCAAGGCGGUGACUGGGAAGGGCCUGGUCUCCAUGCAGGGCCUGUCCUCAUCCAAGGGGCAGAAGCUAUCGAAGAGCAACGGGAGCCUGCAUACGCUGCUGUCGCAGAGCAGCACGGUCGUCCAGCAGCACGGCCCGCUCCGCAGCCACCUGCUCCACGCCGUCAGCCUGGACGAGGCCUCCGACUCCAGCCACAACUCCAUCCAGAGCUUCCCCUCCUACGGCUCCCGCCUCAAGCCUGCCCAGAGCCAGUUCAGUGCCUCCAUGGGCCACAUCAACCACAUCGGGGGCUCCCUGGACAGGGUCUCCCGGAGCCCCAGGGAGCCCCUGGCCCCCGAGAAGGCACCCCUGUCCUGCAAAAGCAUGGCCACGCUGAGCCGGCUGCAGAGCCCCGGGGAGCCCCCGCCGCCCUACGAGUUCACCUACUCCCUGGAGGAUGCGGUGAAGCAGCUGGAGGACCGGCUGCAGGAGACGGGGGGAGAGCUGCGGCAGCUCAAGAGGAGCCUUAGUGAGACUGAAGACCCCUUCACACAGGUGUUUGAGGACAAGCAGCGGCUGUGGCUGGACGAGCUGGAGGAUCUGAAGCAGAUGUACAUGGCCAGACUGCAGCAGGUCACACAGCAGGCCCAGCGCGGUCAGCGGGCGCUGCAGCUGCAGCUCUACAAGGCACAGCAGGAGAAGAAGCGGCUGCAGGAGGAGCUGAGCAUGCAGCAGUGCCAGUGUGAGGAGCCCAAGCUCCGGCAGUCCCAGGGCGAGCGUGUCAGCCCCAAGCUGGAGGAGACCAAGUGGGAGGUGUGCCAGAAGGCAGCUGAGAUCUCCCUGCUCAAGCAGCAGCUCCGAGACACCCAGGAGGAGAUGGCUCAGAAGCUGGGUGAGAUCUUCAGCCUGAAAACACAGCUGCGGGAGGCCAAGGCUGAGGUACAGGCCAGGGACUCCCAGCUGGCACAACUGGCAGACUCUUUCCAGAGUGCCCCGGAGCCCGGUGCCUUGCUGCCGCUGGGCGAUGACCCCAUGCCAGCUUGCCAGGACUUCCCUGGCUGUGAAACGGAUGACUCCAAGUGCCGGGGCCUCCACAGUGACAGCGCGGAGCCCCUGGAGAGGCAGGUGGAGUGGCUGUGGGCAGAGCUGCAGCGCGAGCGGCGCCAGGGCCAGCUGCAGGCCAUGAACUUUGAGCUGGAGAGGAAAACCUGGCAGGAGGAGAAGGAGAAGGUGCUGCGGUACCAGCGGGAGCUCCAGGCCAGCUACAUGGAGAUGUACCACCGGAGCCAGGUGCUGGAGCGGGAGCUGCGGCAGCUGCGGUCAGAGCCCAGGGACAUGGGAGCCGACUCGCCUUGGAUCGAGCGGGUGGAGUCCUCAAAGAUCUGAGUGGCAAGAUGCCCAUGGGACUGUGAUGGGGGAAGAUCUCUUGCUGCUGCAAUGGGAUGAGCUCAGGGUCUGCACAAGGACCAGCACUUGGCACUGCCCUGGGGAGAAGGACUGAUUGCGACAAGGGCGCUUUUCCUUGCAGCACUUUGGGCCCAUCUGGGGGCAUCUCCAGAGCAGGGGAUCAUUCGUGCCAGGGUGGGGGGGUCUUGCAUGUGCCCUUCGCGCCGACUGCAGGAGCGUUUGCCCUGAGAUCCCUUCUGUCAUGGGGGCAGAAACCAAGCACCCAGUGAGACAUGCCCCGUUCCUCCUGCUCGGCCUCCCUUCUCUCCUACAACCCAUAAAUUAACUUCUUGCUAGGAUGAGGCUCAAGCCCUGUCCCCGAUGCCACCCGGGCUGCACGCCUGCCCCACUGCCGUGCUGCAUGGGGGUUCAGCGGGUGCUCACGGUGGUUGCCCCAGCAGCAGGGCCUGGCAGCGCUGGGGUGCCCUGUUCCUGGGCGGGUCAGGGUUGCUGCUGCUGGGGACAUCAAGGAGGAAAGCCUGGUACUACUGGGAGCGGGGGGGCUACCCCACAGCACCUCUGGGGCUCUUCACAGCACUGGGGGCAUGAGCAUAGGGAUGCUCUGCAGCAGAGGGGAUUCAGGCAGCAUCCUGACCCCAUGCCCUGGGGCUGGGAGAGGGGCAAGGGUCUUGGGACAGGAGCUCUGCAUCCUGCCACCCAGGGUGACCUUGGGGGAGGAGGAGGAGGAUGGGGUGCAUGGGGUGGGGGCUGGCAUGCUCCCCAAGGCAGGGAGAGCCCGGGGCAUCCCCACUGCUCCCCUCGUGGCUGAGGCGUGGGGCGAGCGUGGCUCAAGCCAGUGCCAGAAGGAGCCCUGCACCCUGCCUGUACCAACGGGGCCAGGUGACCGCCAGGCCAGACCCAGCUCUCCUCGCCUUUUCCUGCAAUAAACCUGGAGCUGAUUCUUCCAGUC